ACUGUAUAAAAGAUUUGCAACACUUUAUUGUUUACUGAUGAAAUUUCACAGUUUUAACAUUUCUUCAAAUUUAUUGAAAUUGUUAUCAACAUUGUUUUGACUCGUAGUCGAACUCUGAUCUCUAAAGCUGUCCACAAAAAACAUAAAUACCGACCGAAAUAUUUUCGGAAGCUUAGUUAUUUGGUUUCCUUUCUCUGAGUGAAACCAAUAUUCGCGGCACCAAAACAUUUUAAAUUAGCAAUAAAACCAUUAAAAUUAAAUUUGGACAACAACAUUUCUUGUGUGCCAGAAUCCUAGUCAAAUUUUGCAGAAUGUCUCGUUUUCCGAGGGGACUGAAGUUCAUCCUGGUGAUGGUGACGAUCCUCCAGGCUCUAAAUAUGACAACGGGAAACCCCCGUGGUGGAAGCAGAAGUAGCAGCUCCAGUUCUGGGUCCAGUUCUAGAUCCAGUUACGGAUCCGGUUAUGGAUCCAGCCAUGGAUCCGGUUUUGGAUCCAGCUAUGGAUCCGGUUAUAGAUCCAAUUAUGGGUCCACUUACGGUUCUGUUUCAAGACACUCCUACUCUCCUCCAUUUUAUUCAUCUUUGUCGAAGACCUUUUCGUUUCCUACGUUCGACUUGGGACACAAUUUGCCCAAAGGUCCUCCGCCGGCGUACUCAGCGCAUGAUACCGUGGGUGGAGCACCCACAAACAUUCGCGAGAGGCCGCCGGCAUACAAGCCCCGCGACAAGCCACACAGAAAACCGAAUUCCGGAUCUCUGUAUCGCAACCAAUACCAAAGAUGGACUACCUCCAGCUCGAAGUCCAACCGCAAUUACCAGGACACUUAUAACUCCACCAAUGAUUUUAUGUACAGUGCCGCCACCAGCUCACACUAUCCCACAAAUGGAUAUCCGUAUCUUAUUCUUAUCUCGACUUUUUUAUAUGUAUGCGGGACCUUAUUGUAAAAAACUAUGUUUAAAUCACCAAAACUUAUAUUUAGUUGUAGCAAAACAAAUUUGAUUGAAAAUUAAAAAUAUUUCAAGCAUGUAUUUGUUCCCUCAAAUAAGAAACGUGGAGUAAACAUUUUAAUAAAAUAGA